UUUGAGAAGCAUAUUCCAUUGACAAACAAGUGUAGCUUAGUUUUCCCGUUUUCAAUAUAUGCUCUCCCCUUUUUUCCUUUUCACCCAAAAACCCUCUAAAAAACCACCACACCGAUCACCAUCUCCCGCACAACAAUGGCGGUAGAACAAACCACCACCACUACCACCGUAAGAGUCACCAACAUUCCCCGAUCAGCCACCGCCCAAGACCUCCUCACCUUCCUCGAAACCCACACCGGAAACUCCACUAUAUUCGCCUGCGAAAUCUCCUCCGACCACAAAAACUGGAAGUCCAGAGGCUUCGGUAGAGUCCAAUUCGAAACCCUAGAGUCCAAAUCAAAAGCCAUAUCAUUAUCCAAAAAAUCAGCACUCUGUUUCAAGGGUUUUAAUCUCUCACUCUCUCAUUCUCUCGAUGACGUCAUCAUCCGACCCGUUUGUCCCCAGAACCGGGUCGAACAUGGGUUUUUAAGAAGUGGGUUGUUGGUGGAUAGGGAUUGCAUGUCUGUUUUGGAGUCAUGGAGUGGUGUUAAAAGUUGGGUUUUGCCUGAAAGAAAGAGUGUUGAGUUUUGGGUGAGUUGUUGUGGGGAGGUUUAUAGGUUGGAGUUGCAGUUUAGUGAUGUUUUGGAGGCUUUUUCUUGUUGUGUUGAGGCUCAAGAACCUAAUGCAGUGCUUUUGAAGCUCAAGCAUGCACCAAAGCUAUACCAGAGAGUGUCGGGACAGAAUGUAUCACCGCGGUUCAGCUCCGACCGUUAUCAUAUCUGCAAGGAUGACGUUGAGUUCACAUGGGUUCGAACCACUGAUUUCUCCAGCAAGAGAUCCAUUGGACAGUCAUGCACAUUAUGUUUGCAAUUUGAAGAUCCGCAUUCGGCUUUGGAAAGCUUCACAAGUUUACCUUCUUACAUGAAAGAACUGAUAACGUUGACUGUAGAAGACGGGGAAGAAUUUCAUUCAUCUUCUGAUAUCGUCCCACUCGUUAAAAGUCAACCAGAGUCAAACUUACCAUACGAGAUCCUGUUUCAACUCAACUCUUUAGUUCAAACUCAAAAACUAAGCCUUGUGUCGGUAAAUAAUGAGCUAAUCGAGUUCAUAAUCAAUCAAGAUCAAGAUUCUGUAAUGACGGUUUUCAAAAGAAUGCAUAAAACGCAUACCACUUGCUACGACCCCGUCACGUAUAUCAAGGAUAAACUCAACACCAUGAGUCAAACCGUCAAGAACCCGUCAUCUGUUCGUAGCAAGUCAACAGGUCAAAACAAGAUUAUGAGCAUUCAUAGAGUCUAUAUCACCCCUACAAAGAUUUACUGUUUGGGUCCAGAACUUGAGGCUUCGAAUUACAUAGUGAAACAUUAUUCUGAAUAUUCUUCCGACUUUUUAAGAGUAACGUUUGUUGAUGAGGAUUGGGGUAAGCUUCAACCAAAUGUUAUUUCGGUGAGCCUUCAACAAGGAAUCUUCUCAAAGCCUCUCAAAACGAAAGUGUACGAUCGAGCACUUGAUAUUAUGACUAACGGGAUAUGUAUAGGAACAAAAAAGUUUGAAUUUUUAGCGUUUUCUGCAAGUCAACUCCGGUCAAACUCGGUAUGGAUGUUUGCUUCUAACGAGCACGUGACAGCGGAAAGUAUAAGAAAAUGGAUGGGGUGUUUUACUAGCAUUCGAAGUGUAUCAAAGUGUGCUGCAAGAAUGGGUCAAUUGUUCAGCACUUCUAAGCAAACCAUUGAAGUGCCACCUCAUCAUGUUGAGAUUAUUCCCGACAUUGAAGUCAAGACCGACGGCGUUGACUAUUGCUUUUCAGACGGUAUUGGGAAAAUCUCACUAUCUUUUGCUAAAGAAGUUGCUUCAAAAUACGGUUUAAAACAUAUUCCUUCGGCUUUUCAAAUCCGAUAUGGUGGCUACAAAGGAGUUAUUGCGGUUGAUCGAAAUUCCUUCAAGAAACUAUCUUUACGUAAAAGCAUGUGCAAGUUUGACUCGAAAAACCGGAUGCUAAAUGUCACAAAAUAUAGCGAAUCACAAUCGUGCUACUUUAACCGUGAAAUUGUUACUCUUUUGUCAACUUUAGGAGUUAAAGAUGACGCCUUUUUGGCAUUACAAGAUGCACAACUUCGGGUUAUAAACGCAAUGUUGUAUAGUACUGAAGAUGCACUCAUGGUUUUGGAUGGUUUGGGAUCUUAUGACGUAAAAGACAUUCUUGUGAAGAUGUUACUUCAAGGGUACAAGCCGAAUCGUGAACCGUACCUCUCGAUGAUGCUUUUGUCACACCAUGAUAAUCUACUAGUUGAUCUUAGAACUAGAUGUCGGGUUUUUGUCCCAAAGGGUCGGAUCCUUGUCGGGUGCUUGGAUGAAUCCGGGGUUUUGGAUUACGGUCAAGUUUAUGUUAGAAUCACGUUGACGAAAACAGAGUUAAAAAACCGGGAACAAAAAUACUUUAAAAACAUGGAUGAUGUGACAUCGGUGGUUAUGGGGAAGGUUGUGGUUACGAGAAAUCCUUGCCUUCACCCGGGAGAUGUUAGGGUCCUUGAUGCUGUUUAUGAGAUUGCAUUAGACGAGAAAGAUUAUAAAGAUUGCAUCGUGUUUCCUCAAAAAGGAGAACGGCCUCAUCCGAAUGAAUGCUCUGGUGGUGAUCUUGAUGGUGAUUUAUAUUUUGUUAGCUGGGAUGAAUCUCUAAUCCCACCUCGAACCGUGGACCCGAUGGACUACACGGGUCGAAGACCACGUUUAUUGGACCACGACGUUACCUUAGAGGAAAUCGGGAAGUUUUUUGUGGAUUACAUGACAAGCGAUACGCUCGGUGGCAUCUCAAACGCACACUUAGUCCAUGCGGAUCGUGAACCGGAGAAAGCACUGAGCCCAAAAUGUCUUCAAUUAGCUGCACUUCACUCUAUGGCUGUUGAUUUUGCAAAAUCCGGGGCUCCAGCUGAAAUGCCACGGGCUUUAAGACCACGGGAAUACCCUGAUUUCAUGGCUAGGUGGGACCGACCCAUGUAUAUCUCCCAAGGCCCACUCGGGAAACUUUACCGUGCCACUAAAGAAUCCGAGCUUAUAGAUAAUGCGGCAUCCGCUUAUACAACUCAAGCCAUCCAAGAUUCUUAUGAUCAAGAUCUUUUAGUCGACGGCUUUGUUGACUUUAUCGAGACUGCGUUGACUCAUAAAGAAAUGUAUUUAGAUGCUCUCACAAGCUUAAUGAACUACUACGAGGCGGAAACCGAGGAUGAAAUUCUUACAGGAAACAUACGGAACAAAUCGUCUUAUUUGCAACGAGACAACCGAAGGUACGGUGAGACAAAAGAUAGGAUACUGUUGGCGAUUAAGUGUUUGCAUAGGGACGCAAAAGGGUGGUUCGAGGGUAGUUGUGAGGAGGAAGACUACCAUAAGUUGGCGUCGGCGUGGUAUCAUGUGACUUACCAUGUGGAUUACUGUAAAGGAAGUGUUAAAUGCUUGGGGUUUCCGUGGAUCGUUGGUCAUAUUUUGUUGGAUAUUAAGUCGAUCAACAGACGGAACAUGUUCGAGUGAAGAUUAGUACCGGAAAAGGUGAAUUGUGUUCAUUUGUAAUGUGUUUGAUGAAUGAUGAAUUGUAGUUAGACUUGAUGUUGAUAGUUGAAGUUUGUUUGACAAUAAUGGACUAAUGGUGGUGAUGUGCUUCAAGAACCAUCAUGUGUUGCCAUCGGAUUAUGCUAACUGUUAAGAUCACUUUGAAAUAUUGCAAUCUAUAAUAUGCUAUUUCAAAUGUUCCUUGGAU